AUGAAGACUGUAAACAUUUUAAGCAUUUUUAUUUUAUUAUUAUUCUCAUUUAUAAUACUUCCUCACUCCAAAGUUUACGCCUCCAUACCAAUUGAUAAAUUAGAUUUUGAUACACUUAAAAGAAAUGAGAGCAUACGCGCUAAAACAAGAAGAGACGCCUUGAUUUUAUUAUCUGUUUUAUGUGGAAGUGCUCUUAUAUCCUUUGCAACUCUUUGGGGAAUCAGACUUCAUCGUACAUAUAAAUAUGAUCAGAUGAUGCAACAUCAGGAUGCAGAAAAGUUUUACAGAAUGAGAAAAUCGAAUAUGGAUUUUGAAAAUGAAGCCUUUGAGAAGCAAGGAGAUACACCCUGA